AUGAAUCCCGCUCCCAACAUUGAAGUGGUUAGAUGCUUGAUUCAAGCCGGUGCUGAUAUAAAUUUGGAAAAUCACAUGGGUUAUACACCUUUACAUUUCGCAGUAAUUCAACGGAAACGUUUAGUUGUCAAAGAAUUGAUUGAGCAAGGAGCUUUAAUCAAUGCUCAGAAUUAUCUUGGAAUGUCAGCCUUGCAUUUUGCAGUCUCCGAUUUCGCCUUGUUUGGAACGCCAAUUCUAGAUCGCACACAUCUUGAUAUAUGGAUCGUCGAAAAGCUAUUAAAACAUCAAAAUAUAGAUCGCGAUCUAAUGAAUUCAAAUGGAGACACACCACUUAUGCUCUCUGCCAAAGAUUAUCAUAUAGAAUCUGCUGUGCAGUUGUUGCGAUCUAAAGCAAAUCCAAAUAUAUGCAAUAAGGAUUUCCAAACGCCUUUGCAUGUGGCAUUAACCCAUCCGCCAAGUGAUAUUGAGAUUGAACUUCUGAUCUGUGGUGCCAACCUUUAUGCAGUAGAUAGACAUGGCAUCACUCCUUUAGAUAUUCUAAUGAAGUUUACCUUGGAUGAUGAGAAUGAGGAAUGGGUUUGCGAAUUAUUUGCUAGAGAAAUGAAUACUAAGCACCAGUUUUACGGUGGUACAACGCCGUUCCGUUGGGCAUUAAUUCAAUGGAAACGUUUAGUUGCCAAAGAAUUUAUUGAGCAUGGUGCUUUAAUCAAUGCUCAGAAUUAUCCUGUGACAUCGGCAUUGCAUUUUGCCGUCUCUGACUGCUCAUUUGUGACCUUAAAUUCGUUUCUGGCUUCUCAUUUACCCAAAAACUUUGGUCAUCUAGUCAUGGUUAGAUGCUUGAUUCAAGCCGGUGCUGAUAUAAAUUUGGCAAAUCACAAGGGUUAUACACCUUUACAUUUCGCAGUAAUUCAACGGAAACGUUUAGUUGUCAAAGAAUUGAUUGAGCAUGGUGCUUUAAUCAAUGCUCAGAAUUAUCUUGGAAUGUCAGCCCUGCAUUUCGCAGUCUCCGAUUACACAUUGACUGGAAUGGCAUUUAUAGAUCAUAAACAUCUUGAUAUGUGGAUUGUCAAAGAACUAUUAAAGCAUGAAUAUAUAGAUCACGAUAUAUUAAAUUCAAAUGGAGACACCCCUCUUAUGCUUUCCGUCAAAGAGUAUCAUAUAGAAUUUGUCGAGCAGUUGUUGCGAUCUAAAGCAAAUCCAAAUAUAUGCAAUAAGGAUUUCGAAACCCCUUUACAUGUGGCAUUUUCCCAUCCUCCAAGUUGUAUUGAGAUUGAACUUCUGAUCCGUGGUGCUAACAUUUAUGCAGUGGAUAGAAAUGGAAACACUCCUUUAGAUAUUCUAAUCAAUAAUACCUUUUAUGACGAGAAUAAGGAAUGGGUAAAUUUCAUAUUAAAACUAAUUGCAUUUAAAUAUUGCGUAACAAAUGACUUGAAACUUGCACUGCAAAGGAAACCAGAGCUAUUUCAGUUUUGGAAUAAAUGUUGUGAUCAAGUGAAUGAAAUGAGAAGUGACUUUAUUACAGAGAAUAUAACAAUGCAUGACUUCAUUUGGAAUUGCUUCAAUGAAAAUCAAAUUGAAAAUCUGAUAUUGCAAAUUCACAAGCCUGUGGUAGAUCGAUUAGCAAGAGAUAUUUAUCCUGACUAUUUUGCUGAAAUCUUUAUCCCGAUACCGAAAUGGAAUUUGUGUCAAAUAUUGGAAAUCACAGCCUGUUGUAAAAAACGUGCAGAUGGAUCUAAGGUGAGAAAUCUUGCCUAUUUACUAUCAAAAAUAGACAUUAUUUAUUUGAUUUCUAAGCAUUUGAGAAGAGAAGAUAUUUUUUGCCUAAUUGUUGCAUUUUAUGAUAUGAGAAUUCCUAAAUCAUUGCAAGAUGAGCAAGGACACUCUUACCGUUUUUUAUUUACUCCAGAAUUUGAAGAAGGAAACGAUGCUCAUAUGGCUGUAAUUAAGUUUUAAAACUGCUAAUUUUUUUAACUUCAUUUCUAAGUUUAUUUUUAUUAAAAUUUUGCCAGGAGAAUUGUAUAAUUAAUCUGUUUUACUUCUUAAUCAUUAUAAUUAUGCUUAUUUUAUCAUUUAAUUUAUUUGUAGAAUUAUGACAAAAUUAGAAAAUGUCUAUUUUUUUAUACAAAAAAUUUUUUUUAACUCUUUCCAGCACUUGAAUAUUGAAAUAAUGCAGACAAAUUUUAGACAGAUUAAUUUUUAAUCUUUUUUAUUAUUCCUAAAAAACUUGCAAUAUUUUAAAGUAACUAAUUUUGAUUGAUUCCAUAGAAAAUGAUAUAUAACUGAUUUUUUCAUCGAAAAUUUGAUGUGUUUUCGUGUCGUAAGUUUCAAGAUUUAGUAACUGAAAUUCAAUUCAAAUAAUGCGUUCUUUUUGAGUAUUGAAAUAUA